AUGUCACAAGCAGACUCGAACUCUUCGGGUUCGGCCAGUAUUCCGGACGACGAUUGGAGCGCUAUAAAGGAUCCGAAGGAGCGACGACGAGUACAGAGCCGAAUUGCGCAACGGAAGUUUCGCGAAAAAGUCCGAUGGCAGAAAGAGGAGACGGACAGGGUUCGAGAGAAUGAAGAGAAGGCCGGUGGUGCGUAUUGCGCCCCUGAGGCAGAAGAUCUCGGGUCUGGCGAGCUAUCGGGUCUACCCUGGGGUGGUGUCUCCCUUCGACAUGUGCUUGUGACUGGCAAAGCCAAGGAGCAAAGCUCAAGAGAAACGUCGCUCUACGCCGAGUCGUCGAAGGCAGGAGGAAGCUCGAGGUAA